AUGCGCGAGUUCAUGGUGAACUCAAGGAAUCAACAACAGCUGAAUGCUUGCGGUAUAUGCACCUCAAUGGGACAUCCCACUGAUUCAUGUCCUACAUUGCAAGAGGAGCUAAAUGAGCAGGCAAAUGCAAUGGGUUUCCAAGGGCAAGGUCCUCAGAGAAGAUAUGAUCCCUUCUCAAAUACCUACAACCCAAGAUGGAGGGAUCAUCCAAAUUUGAGAUAUGGGAAUUCCCAAGGAAAGCAACAACAUCAAAAUGCUCAAGGCCAGCAGCAGUUUCAGCAAUAUAGGGCACCAUUCCCAAAACCUCAAGGCCAAAGCUCGAAUUCAGCAAAAUAUGGUGCAAUUCAACAAGAAACCAAAUCAAGUAUUCAGAAUUUGGAAAAUCAAGUUAGUCAAAUCUCAAGUGCGGUGAGCAGACUUGAAGCUAAGGAUUCGGGAAAACUUCCAUCUCAAACGGAGUUGAAUCCUAAGCAACAGGUCAACGCAAUAACAUUGAGAAGUGGCAAAGAGUUGCAACAGACUGUAAUUGCAACUAAGAGGGCUAAAGACUUGAUUGGAGUUGAAGAGGAGGAAUUAGAACAAGAAACUGAGGCGAAUCCGCCAACCUUUCCCUCUUAUGAGCCUGUGCCACCUUUCCCUGAAGCCUUGCAAGAUACUCGAAGGUAUGAGAAAGACAAGGAUAUUUAUGAGACUUUCAGCAAAUGUGAGGUAAAUAUGCCCCUCUUGAAUGUGAUUAAAAGUAUUCCUCGUUUUGCUAAGUUUAUGAAAGAACUGUGCACUAUCAAGAGAAAGCACAGGUUGGGAGGAAAAGAGAAGGUAAAGGUGAGUGCUCAUGUUUCUGCGGUUUUCCAAAAGAAACUCCCAGAAAAAUGUGGUGAUCCUGGUAUGUUUACUGUUCCUGUUACAAUAAAAGACACCACAUUGCACUGGGCCAUGUUGGACCUAGGUGCAUCAAUCAAUGUUAUUCCAUAUUCCCUGUUUAAAUCUUUGGAACUUGGACCUUUACAUGAAACUGGGGUAGUGAUUCAGUUAGCUGAUAGGUCUAAUGUGUAUCCUAAGGGGGUGGUGGAAGAUGUGUUGGUUAAGGUUGAUGGAUUGAUUUUUCCUGCUGACUUUUAUGUGCUUGACAUGGAACAUGACAAACAAGCAGUCCCCAUCCUGUUAGGAAGACCUUUCUUGAAGACUGCUAAGACAAAAAUCGAUGUGUCUACUGGUUCUUUUACUAUGGAGGUUGAUGGGAAAGCAAUUGUGUAUAACAUUUAUGAUUCCAUAAAGUAUCCUGUUGACACUCAUUCUUUAUGUUCCAUAAAUGUUGUCGAUCCAAUACUGCAUGAUGUUUCUAACAUUGAUCGUGGGGAUGAGCUCCUCAUACGUAUAACUAAUGUUGUGUCUGGUGAUUGCUUGGAUUUUUCUAUGCCUACUAAUGUGCAGGUGAAGGUGGCGGAAUUGAAUGAACAGUCCAAGCUUCCACCUAUACCACCAGGUGCAACACCCACCCCGUCAGCAAUUCCGGGCAAGAAAUUGUCCCAUUUAUACCACAAGGAGAAGAAUAAGUUGUAG